UUUUUACCAAGAGCACAAUUUUUGUUAAAAUGUAUAAGUUUUUGUUAUUUUGUUUGAACUAAUUUAAUAUUACCAAUGAAUUAAGCUGUGUUUAUGUUGUGCGUGUAUUGGAGUUCUUAGUGAUUGCGCGUUGGGGUUAAGGUUAUUUAUGAAAAUUAGAUGCGAUCACGAUUGCCAACAUGUCCGAGGUACGCAUCCGACCCCGUCAAGUGCUCGUGCUCAUCAUAGUGUUUAUCUUUGUGCUGCUCAUGGUGCAUCGUAACGGUAAACGCACCUGCCAGGGCCCCGAAUACCUGCAGGCCAUGUACACAAAAUCUCUGACGGACACGUUGCCCAAAAUCUAUGCCAUAACGCCGACGUAUGCGCGGCCCGCACAAAAAGCCGAACUGACCAGGCUCUCGCAUUUGUUUAUGCUGGUGCCAAAUCUGCACUGGAUCAUUGUUGAGGAUGCCAAUAGCACAACGGCUCUGGUGCGGAAUGUGCUGUUGCGCGCCGGUCUGACGAAUCGGUUUACCCAGCUGAAUAUCAAGACGCCGCCCGAAUUUAAGCUGCAGGGCAAGGAUCCCAAUUGGAUAAAGCCACGUGGCGUGGAGCAGCGCAAUCUGGCAUUAAACUGGCUGCGCAGCCACGCCGAUGUGGAUCGUCAUGCGAUUGUCUUCUUUAUGGACGAUGACAACUCCUAUGCGCUGGAGCUGUUUGUUGAAAUGUCGAAAAUCAAGCCGGGACGUGUGGGCAUUUGGCCCGUCGGCCUGGUCGGCGGUCUGAUGGUGGAACGGCCGCUGCUCAAUGAGGACAACAAAGUGAUUGGCUUCAACGCUGCUUGGCGGCCGGAGCGUCCAUUUCCCAUUGAUAUGGCAGCGUUUGCCAUCAGCAUGGAUCUGUUCUUCAAGUAUCCACAGGCCGCCUUCUCCUAUGAGGUGCAGCGCGGCUAUCAGGAAAGCGAAAUCCUUCGCUAUCUGACCACAAGUGAUCAGCUGCAGCCGCUGGCCAACAAUUGUCGCGAUGUUCUCGUCUGGCAUACGCGCACCGAGAAAACCAAACUCAACGCCGAGGAGAUGCUCCAACGCCAGGGCAAACGCUCCGACGAGGGCAUUGAGGUUUAGGCACCGGAUCCAUCCAAGAAUUUAUGUAUGUUUUCUAUUUUUUGCCUCAACUCAGUCUAUUGUGUAUUAUAUUUGUAUUCUUGUUGGCCAGUGUCCAAUUAAAAAUGAUGUCAAGUAACAUAUCAUAAGAAACUAAAUGUGUUCAUAGCUGGUCUAUUGUUUCCACCGAACACAUUUCCAAAUAUAUUUUAUUCGAG